GAAACAGCUCUCAGACCACAAGCAUAGAGAGAGUGAUGUUCAGAAAAGUUUAUAAGGUAUUAGCGGUUAGCUUCAAGCUGAAACAGCUGGCGUAAAUACUGCAAAUAUGUGCCUCUAGCUCACUGUAGCCGGUGAGGGUGUUUUGGGUUUGAGAAGGAACAGUGAGAGUGACCUAGUUACACUGAAAUAGACGCAGCGUCAUGGAGGAGUACAGCACGACUGUCCGCAUAUCUGGGUUCGUGUUGGGUUCACUGAUGUUUCAGCAUUUGAACAGUGACUCUGAUGUGGAAGGUCUCUUCAUUGGGGAGAGUUUGGGAGAGGAGAACAGUAAAAUCACAGACUCCCAGACUGAUCAUAUUCAGUUUGUGCACACAAUAAAUAUUCAGAAGCAUGUUACCUGUAGAAGGAUUCAUAGUUUCUACAACAAUGCUUGUGAAGUAGACAAGGAGAAAAUUAGGCAAAUUCUGUCAAAUUUUAAAGAGGAGAAUGUGAUUGGAUGGUACCGGCAGCGGAGAAACAGCAGCCAGCAGAUGACUUUGAAAGAACAGUGGGUUCAUCAGAAUUUAAGGAAGGUUUGGCCACAUCAGGAACUUAUUUUCUUGCUGCUGACGCCCUCAGAUGGUACAUCAUCAGGUUCCACUCAUCGUCUUGAAUACACAGCCUUCAUAUGGAAUGGCAGUCAGUACAGCAGCGUUCCUGUCUCAAUAAGCAACUUGGGUAUGCUGGAUCAGCAUGACUACUGGAGAGUUUCAGCAACAUGCCCUUCUUUGAGCCACUGUCAAGCUGUAAAAAAACACAGAACUAAAUUCUUCUGUUCAGAUGAUGAUCUCAGGGAAGUGGAAAAAGUCAGUGACAUGAACGAUGCCUUGUUAGAUGAAAUGAAGACUGUAAGUGAGAAAGUAGAAAAGAGUGAGCGCUUGGUGGAGAAGCUCCAAGCGGAUAUCGCGGAGCUCAAAGAGGCCAUUAGCAAACGAAAGAAAAAGCAGCAAGACUGUGACGCCAAUGAAAAAUCCAUGACAAAUGAGCCCAAGGAGAACGUACUACUAUGUGCAGCUUUAAGAGCACUGUUCCCAAAUGCACCAUCAUCACGGACACAAACUCUGACUGUUCAGGGCUUUCCUGUUCUAGAGCUGUGCUGCAGUACUGACCAUGGCAUUGACAUUCCUACCAGAUUGCCACUUGUCCUGGAGACUGAACGUGGCAUGAGGAAGAGGAAAGCGAGCAGAGGCUGCAGACUAAAGCAGAAAAGCCAUGUCACAGGUAUCGCAAAUAAAAAGAACACUGUUGAUACAAAUGAAUCAGAUAGUGGGUCAGAUACAGAGAUAGAGAUGACCAGCCCAAAUGACAGUAAUUCUCCUGUUUUUUAAAUGCCUCUUACUGUGGGCUGUGGUAGACAUCAGUUUGAAUGGACUACGUCAGAUGCAUUGCUGCAAUAUUGACAGUCUAGCCUAUUAAUGUGUUUCUACAUUAAGUUAAAAAGGUCUGCUUAAUGGCCUCGUAUCAGGUAUGUAACAGGAAUCUGAAACAAACUCCUGUUUGUUUCUUUUUUUUUUUUUUUAAAGAUGAUUUUAGAGACUUUUCUUCCAACGAAGAAAAUCUGUGUAAUAUUUUCUGCACUUGUUUUUGUGUGUUUUUUUUAUGGAAAAUGUGUUUAACCAUGUUCUAAUAUUGGAUUGCUGAAUUAAAUGUAAUAUUAAUUAGCAGUUAGCUGUUUGUUUUGUGCAGUCUAAAAGGAAAAACACACAUUCAAUUACUAAUAAAAGGGUUAGCAUGGUU